CAUCUUAAAAAGUAGAGAGAUUAGGAUUUUUAGAAGUGGAGAAGAGCCAAGAAGUUGAGGGACAAGAAGAUCAUUAAGAUGGGGGAAUCUAGAAACUCAGAAUUGCAUCUGGACCUAAGGCUGUUUGUCUCAAAAUCUUGACAGUAUUGUUUAUCAGGCUGCUUCUUGUCAAAAGAAAUGCUGUCCAGGUCAUUUUACAUCUGUGGAGGGUCUCUGUAACGGCAAGCAGGUUUUCUUGACCUAAAAAUACUUGUAAGAAAGUAAUGUAGCUUUGUUAUCAGUAUGUGUACUAUAUUUCCUUCUUAAUAAGCAGUUUAGGUGUCUGUCACUCAUGGAGUUGGCACAUCAAAUUCAUAUGAUUGGUAAAAAUCUCCUCCCAUACUUUAUUAUUACUUGCCAAUUCCACCAUACUAUUUAUAAUCUUAGCACAAGAUUGCAAUCAAACCUUUGCAAAUUUGGGCUCAUAAUAAUAUUUGACCUUAAGUUUAAAAAAAUAAAAAUAAAAAAUGAGAAUUAGCAGGUUUUUUUUUCCCUCCCUUGAAAUAUUCUUUUUUAUAAUUAAGAAGGUUACUUGGAAUAUAUAAGCAAGUUUUGUUUGAUUGUAUAAAUUCUAUGCUCUGUGAACUGGUUUUACUGUCAGAACUUUGUAAGUCUAAUUGAGAUUCUUUUAAUAUGUUUUCUAGCAAGAUUGAUGAACUUCUGAAAGAGAACUAUAUUAUUAGUAUUUUGGAACAAAGGUCCAAACGACAGUGUUCUUUUUUUGACAGCAUCCAAGUAGCCAUUGAAAGCACAGUCCGUGGAAAGAUUCAAUUAUAUAUGUGCUAUAUACAUGUUAGAUUUUUCUUCUGACUGAAAUAAAUGUUCAGUAAGUAAUGUUGGUUUUGCUACAUCUGCAUUGGGGCAGUGGCUAAAAUAGGGAGUUUCAUGGCUCAGCUUCUUAGACUAAUUAGUGCUUAAUCUACAAAUUAUUAAUUGCAACACCGAGCCAGCUGUUACAGAAGGUAGAAAGAACCUUGAAUGAGUGACUACAGGAUAGCACCAAAAACACGCAUUCUGUUGUGGUCUUUUAAAGAGCUGUGUGUCAAGUAGAGUUCUAAGAGGGUCCAUCUUGCUUCCAGUGAACACCGUUCAUGUGUGGGUAUGUCAGUUCAGCUGUCUAGAUGUGUGUGUUACUUGCAUAAUAGUAUUUAUUUUUUCAGGGCCCUGCACUGGAAGACUUCAGCCACCUUCCUCCAGAACAGAGACGCAAGAAACUUCAGCAGAGAAUUGAUGAACUCAACAGAGAAUUACAGAAGGAAACUGACCAAAAAGAUGCCCUCAUCAAGAUGAGAGAUGUUUAUGAAAAAAAUCCCCAGAUGGGUGAUCCAAGCAGUUUACAGCCAAAAUUAGCUGAGACAAUGAGCAACAUGGACCGUCUGCGGAUGGAAAUACACAAGAAUGAGGCCUGGCUCUCUGAAGUUGAAGGAAAAGUAGCGGCCAGAACUGACAGGCGACACAGCAGUGAUAUCAACCACCUUGUAACACAGGGCAGAGAGAGCCCUGAAGGGAGUUACACAGAUGAUGCAAAUCAGGAAGUCCGAGGCCCACCACAGCAGCAUGCGCAUCCAAAUGAGUUUGAUGAUGAGUUUGAAGAUGAUGAUCCAUUACCAGCUAUAGGGCAUUGCAAGGCAAUAUAUCCUUUUGAUGGUCAUAAUGAAGGCACUCUGGCAAUGAAAGAAGGGGAAAUUUUGUACAUUAUUGAGGAGGACAAAGGAGAUGGGUGGACAAGAGCUCGAAGACAAAAUGGAGAGGAAGGCUAUGUACCAACAUCUUAUAUAGAUGUAACGCUAGAGAAAAACAGCAAAGGUGCAGUAACCUAUAUCUAACAGUACAUUGGCAACUUUCAAAUGUACGUUUUCCAGGGAAAAUAGUGGAAAAAUAGUAAGGCAGGUUCAUGGAAAGCAUGAGAAUAACAGAGGUCAGGAAUGGUCUAUUGUUUGCAAUGUGAGUUUGCUGUAGCUUUUGUAGAGAUAACAGCAUUAAAUUGGUCCAUAAUUCUGGCUAAUGCUUUCUGCUUUGUUUCACUGAUAAAAUGUUCCUGCACUACAAAGCACUAAAUCCAAUUCAGCUAUAAAAUGGAGAAAGACCCCGAUUCCUGCUUGUUCUGUAUAAUACUUUGUCUUUACAGAGAACUGAAAAAUUACUUAAGUUUUGACGACCUCUAAGAUAUACUGUUCACUUCCCUGACUUAAAACUAUAUGCUUAAAACAAGUGUUUUAUCCUCUUCUAACUGAAUUCAGUUAACUGAAAAUUAUUAAUUUCCUUCCUUAGCAAAUACUUGGCAUCUUUCAUUUUUUAAACAGGAAGAUCUUUUCUGAAUCAAAAAGCUCAACAAAAUUACUCAGGAAGAAACAGUGUGAUUAAAAAGGACAGAAGGUCCACUGACCUGCCUCUCCUUCCCUUGCUGUAGUUCUCAUGUAGAACGUUGUGUAUGGGACACAACUGCAUUGUUUUAACUAUAGACACCUUGAACCAAAAAAAAAAUCCAACACCACCAAAAGCCACAUUUAAUUAAUUCUUGGUAUUUUACUCAACUUUAACCUCCAUUUGCUCCUGAAGAGGGAAUGAUUUUAGAUUCUUAAUCUGUGCCUGUAAGUUGUCUUUGAAUUAUAUCAUGUUUAGUUUGAAGUCAAGGUUUUUUUUAAACUAAUUCUGUUCCCCUCAUUGUUAAAUCACUGAGGCUUGGAAACUGCAUUGCACUACUUGAUUUCAUCUAGAAACUAUUGCUGGUAUUUCUAAUGUGAAUUUAUGAGAGUAAUACAAGGCUAGUGUAUAGCCACUGAGAAUGGCCUGUUAGAACUGAGCACGCUUCCCUGUCUUCUAAAGGCCUUCAGUAACUUUGUUCUUUUCUUUUUCCUCUUGGACUGCAGGUUCCUGAAGCGGGUUUCUGAGAAAAUGGGCGAGAUCUUGAAGGAGGUUACAUGCAGCUGCUUGGGGCGGGGGGUGGGAGGGAGGUGUUAGACUGGGAUGCCCAUUGAACAAGGGGUAAAGCUAGUUGCAUGUAUGCAUGCAGACAUACAUUUAGUCACUAACAUUCUUAGCAUUUCCAUACGUAACUAAGGAUGUAUUACAAAUUCUUAAAUUUGUGCAGGAAAAUAGGAUUCCAUUAUCAGAGUAAAAAGGCAUCUCUUCCUAAAAUUGCAUUAUUUUCAUUGUCAUAGGUGGUCAGAGAGGCCCAAACUAUAUUUUAGCUCGUGCUACAUUCUGGUUGGUUUGGUUAUACUCUUUCCUACUCAUUUUAAAUGGCAGUCAUUUAGAACCAUGUUAGCUACCAGUCUGCCUGCACCACCUCCAUGCUCGCCCUUAACCUCCUCUUGCAUGCCUAGGACAGUCAGGCAUAUCUGCAUAACGCUUGUUUGACAUCAUUGCUUCUCUUAUUUUGUAACAAAUCAUUCUCUUUAAAUACCUUCAGUACUAGAGUUUCAUCCAGUAUCCAUGUAUGCUGCUAUAACUUUUCCACUACAACCAUCAUUACAUUCCAGUUUUUAGCAUAACCGGUAAGAGACCGUAAUGUAUUUAUGUUAUGUUGAUUCGGGGAAAAGAUACAUCCCAGCUCUAACCUACAGUGCAGUCAAGAGAAACUGCUAGAUCUGUGGUCCAUCUUCAGCACUUCAGUAACCUACUGUCAGCACUGAAAACCUGGAACACCACCAGAGAGAUUCACCACUGCGAGCUAAUGACUGUUUUCAGAAGUCAACCACUUGCCAUUCUACUGCUGCCUUAAACUAUAGUGCCUAAAUCUGUUGUUGCCAACACUACCACUUACAGUAUCUCACAAAGGGCUUUGUGUCUCAGCUCUUUCCACAGUGCUGCAGCUGCUGAGGUAGACAUGGUAGGUGUUUUGUAGAGCUCUACUUUACAGGAUACAUGGUGCAUCAUGAAUUUUAUACAUUGGGAUGUGUAUCUCUUAAUUUGAUUUUAAUAUUUUUAAAACUAUUUUUAUGGAAACUCUUUUAGUUUUUUGACUAUGAAGUUCCAAUUUUAAUUAAAUUACUGCAGUGCUAGUCUGUUUCUAGGUGAUGCUUCAUUGUAUGGACCAGUUGAAAUUUGAGUGAUACUUGUAAUGAUCUAUGUGCACUUUUACUUGUAAACAAUUGAAAUUUGGAUAUGUUUAUACGUGUAAAUAUAGUUGUCUGCAGUGCCCCUGUUGCUUAUGUUGUCUUGCCUCCCAUUUGUGGUUCUAUUAAUAAAUACAUCAUAUCUGA